AUGGUGGGCUGGAACAGCACCAUCACCACAGCGGGCGUGUAUGGUGUGCUCUUCAUUGGGUACUGCAUCUACUUUGACUGCAAAAAGGGUGACCCCAACUUCAAGAACAGGCUUGGAGAACGAAGAAAGAAACAGAAGCUUGCUAAGCAGAGAGCUGGGCUUUCCAAGUUACCUGAUUUAAAAGAUGCUGAAGCUGUUGAGAAAUUCUUCCUUGAAGAGAUACAGCUUGGUGAAGAGUUAUUAGCACAAGGUGACUAUGAGAAGGGUGUGGACCACCUGACAAAUGCCAUUACUGUGUGUGGACAGCCUCAGCAGCCGCUACAAGGGUUACAGCAGACUCUUCCACCACCAGUGUUCCAGAUGCUUCUGACCAAGCCUCCAACCAUUAGUCAGAGAACUGAAAGUGCUCAGAACUUGGCUGAAGAUGGUGUGGAAUGAGCCAGAUACCAACAUGAUGAAAUCUCAGUAAAAUAAUUUAACAGUUAGCUUGGAAACUGAUCAGCUCUGGGGGAAUAAGGGCAAAUUGUGCUUGUCAUGAACUGUCCCACACUGACAUC